AUGGCUUCCCCGCAAGAUAUGCUCACUAGAUUCCUGGGCAGAAGCGUACCUGGCACACACAUUGCUCAUUUGCAAGGCCCCCAUGGCUGCGGGAAAAGUACCCAAUGGCUCUGUCGCAUUUGGGAUCAGAUCGCACGCGAGCCCACUGCCAGGCUUGUCUAUAUCCAGCCGACUGCGACACAAGCUAAGCUGUUGACAGCAUACUUGAGCACCCAGUCAAUCAAGGACGGCUUGGACAGUGGCAGGGUGAUGCUUUUCUCCAUCAAAGAAAUGGUCAAGCUUUCGCGAGAACCACAACAGCCACUCCACACUCGACUUGGCCCGCGUACCACUGUCUGUAUCGAUCUGGAGGUCACCCCCUCUGCUCGCGGCGAGUAUCUUGUCGCUUUUUUCCAUGAUAUGGCAGAGGCUGCCGGCGAGUCUCUGACCGUCAUUACCAUGGGUGCUGCCAACCAUCGUUACCCCCGCUGCGCCCGGCCUGUCAUCAUUCAAGUCGACCCUCCCCACGAGCUUUUGCCCAUGGCACCGCUAAGAUCAGGUGUCCAUGCGUCCAGUGUCAUCUGGGAUACAUUGUACGAGGGGGGCAAAGCUCAAGACAGAAACGUCCUUCUGUUUACGGACCUCCACACCGCUAUGGACUUGAGAAACAGUUCUAGCUGGGAAAAUUACGAAACGCGCUCGAAGGGCUUGCCAAAAUGUCACUUCGUUACUCUGUCACGACGACAGCUUGACCAAAACCCCACCCUUGUCGCCUCUCUGGCAACGCUCAAGGGGCCUACGCUGAUUCAGGUUGAGCAUGACGUUGAAGUACGGUUCCCGAUCCGUAAUGUCGCCAUGGCCGUCUACCAGACAACCAAGGAGAUGACUGUCCUUGACAACAGAUCAGGAUUGCUGGUCAAGAACCCCGCCGUCCUGAUCAGCAAGCAGGAGCUUUUAGCAAAGCAAGGUCUGGCUACCUACUCCUGUGGCCCAGCCCAAGUUGCUCAUUACAUUGCACCUGACGGCCCGAUCUGUAUGGAUUCGAUUCUGGAUCAGCCACGGCCGCACGCUCAUAGCAGCGAGUUGCUGGCUUUUUGCCUGCUGGCUCUGAGCAUUCCCACAUACGAUCCUCUGGCCUACAACGUCUGUCCACUGCUGUGGUAUGAGGCCCUUCGUGUUGUCAAGCUGAUGGGACUCGUCAACCAAACGACCUCUACGCUCACUCCAGUCGGCCUGCUGACUCUGGAAUUUGCCCACCAAAUGAGCAUGUCCAAUAUUUACCCUGCCGCGUUCAUAGCACACAUGCACUACAUUCCCGCGUCACCGGCUACCAAGCGGGUGGCUUGCAUGAUGGCAGCCAUUCUGCAUGCUGGCCAGGAUUCGAUUUGGCACCCUCCCGAAGAAUCGUUCAGUGCCCAUCAGUUUGUCAGAGCCAUGGUCGCUCAGAGCAGCCCUUCCUUUACUCUUGACAGGCUGUGGAGCGGGAGCCUGUGGGUAGCCGUCGCGCUUCUGGAAGAAGUUAUUCACACGUCAAAGGUGUUUACAACACCCAGGAACAGCGAGCAUGACCGCUGGCCACUGAAAAGUGGCUGCAGCUUUAACGACGCUGCUAUGAUCUAUCGGCUGUCAACUUGGCUGGCACAAAGUAUCAAGAGCCCUGGUCCGCUCGACAGGGUAGAUCCGGAUGAUCAGCCUGAAGUUUUGCCGAUUCAGAGGACAUUGCUGUCGGCAUAUGCACAAAAUGUUGUGUUUAUCCCCUCUGUCGAUCUCUCUAGAUCCUAUGUUCGAAGAGAUAUUGUCUCCUUUUCGUCGUGCCAGCCUCUGGGUAUGAAUGUGUUAGACCUGACGUCUCUCCGGCCCUACGCCGUCAAUCAUGGUAGUGGAUUUCUUGGCCUCUUUACCAAGGUUGAUCUUGAUGAUGAGGCCAAUUACGCCAUCCAAGGCACCAUGCCCCUCAAAUGCGAGGUCUUUGACGUCUUCCAGGGUAGAAUUCCCGGCUUUCAAGCUGGGGCGGAGCUCAAACUUGAGGACUUGAACAAGUUGAUUGCAGGACUAAUGACGGUGUGGGGACGCGAGGUCAUGGUGGACUAG